GAAACUCAGUCAGCGAUGGAGAGGGAGAGGGAGGAGGGGAGAGAGAUUAAUGUACUUGCUGUUGAAACUGAGUCAGAGAGAGAGAGAGUGAGGGAAGAGGGGAGAGAGAUUAAUGUACUUGCAAACGAGACUCUGAGUCACUCUGACUGUCUCCUCUCUCAGGAGUUCCUGUAUGAGAUUGCUCACGAGGAUCUCGCUAAGAAGACUCUGGACAUCUCAGUGUGGGACUAUGACCUGGGCAUGAGCAAUGACUUUAUCGGCGGGGUGGAGCUGGGGAUCCGAUCCAAGGGGGAGCGCCUGAGACACUGGUUCGAGUGUCUGAAGAACAAGGACAAGCGCGUGGAGGCCUGGCACACGCUGAUCAACCACGACCCUGAGCUGAGCGACUGAUCAAUACACUCAGUCAAUCAAUCAAUCCAUCAAUACCUGAACCAUCGAACCGAUCCAUCAUAACAAACAGCGUCCUGAGAGUACAGCAUCGCGAUCAAUACCCAAUACUGCGAUCAACACCCAAGACUGUGAUCAAUACCCAAUUCUGCGAUCAACACCCAAUACUGUGAUCAAUACCCAAUUCUGCGUGGUUGAAGCAACACUUCCUUAAUAACAGUGAUCAAUCACUGAACCAAUACUGUGAUCAGUAGCCAAUACUGAAAUGAAUGAUCAAUAGCUGAACCAAGACUGCGAUCAAUAGAGGAGCCUCAAUGAAGCCGAAGCACAGAGGCAUCAGGAAAAAAAACUAGACUUCCCCUUUAAGAGCCGGAGCUGAGAGAGGUGCGGAGAGAAAGGACUUGCCCUUUAAGACACAGAGGCAGACUUCACAGCAACACCACGGCAAAACCAGCCUUCCCUUUAACACCUCGGCAAAACCAGCCUUCCCUUUAACACCUCGGCAAAACCAGCCUUCCCUUUAACACAGCGCUUCCACAGCAACACCGCGGCAAAACCAGCCUUCCCUUUAACACAGCGGCAAAACCAGCCUUCCCUUUAACACAGCAGCAAAACCAGCCUUUCCUUUAACACAGCGCUUCCACAGCAACACCGCGGCAAAACCAGCCUUCCCUUUAACACAGCGCUUCCACAGCAACACCGCGGCAAAACCAGCCUUCCCUUUAACACAGACGAACUUGGAGAAAAAAGAUCUGCUCAACAAAAUUGCUUUAAAUGUGUCUGUCUGUGUGUGUGUGUGUCUCUCUCUUUCUCUCUCUGACUGCCUCUGUCUGUCUUUCUCAGUCUGU